AUGCUGUUUCCCAAGGGUGGACUGAACUGGAAGUCUGCAAAGGCGCAGAUACCUCCAACCAGGGCGCUAUGGAACGCCGUGACGCGAACACGAUUUAUACUGCUAGUUGGCGUUACCGGAAUCAUUCUGUUGCUAUGGCGCGGCCUGUCCCAUUCGGCGUCGGAUAUGCAGAGCUUCUACUGCUGGGGUCCGGCCCAACCACCCAUGGAAAUGUCGCCAAACGAUCACAAUAGGUGGAACGGACACCUCCAAACGCCAGUCAUCUUCAAUCACCACGCCCCGAUAGAGGUCAAUUCUAGUACAAUUGAACACGUUGACCUUAACCCCAUCGAGUCGACCAAACAAGCCGUUAGCAAAGAAGAGAGGAUACUCAUCCUGACGCCGCUCAAGGACGCCGCCCCGUACUUGUCCAAAUACUUUGAGCUCCUCGCAGAAUUGACGUAUCCUCAUCGCUUGAUCGAUCUGGCGUUCCUCGUCUCAGACUCUACCGACGACACCCUCGCCGUUCUUGCGUCCGAACUCGACCGUAUCCAGAAACGACCCGACCAGAUUCCUUUCCACAGCGCAACCGUCGUCGAAAAAGAUUUUGGUUUCAAGCUCAGCCAAAAUGUCCAAGAGAGGCACUCAUUCGAGGCCCAAGGCCCCCGACGAAAGGCUAUGGGCAAGGCAAGAAAUUACCUGCUUUAUACCGCCCUCAAGGCUGAGCACUCCUGGGUUUACUGGCGCGAUGUCGACAUUGUGGACAGCCCUACUGGCAUUCUCGAGGACUUUAUCGCCCAUGACAGGGAUAUUCUGGUUCCAAACAUUUGGUUCCACCGUUACCGCGAUGGCGUCGAUAUUGAGGGCCGAUUCGACUACAACUCCUGGGUCGAGUCAGACCAGGGCCGCAAGCUGGCGAGUAGCCUUGAUAAGGAUGUUGUCCUUGCUGAAGGCUACAAGCAAUACGAUACUGGUAGAACUUAUAUGGCGAAAAUGGGCGAUUGGCGCGAGAAUAAGGAUGUGGAGCUUGAGCUCGACGGCAUUGGCGGCGUCAAUAUCCUUGUUAAAGCGGAUGUGCAUCGCUCUGGCAUCAACUUCCCCUGCUAUGCCUUUGAGAACCAAGCUGAGACAGAGGGAUUUGCUAAAAUGGCCAAGCGCGCCGGAUACGAAGUCUAUGGUCUUCCCAACUACGUUGUUUGGCAUAUUGACACCGAAGAGAAGAGCGGCAAUGCUUAA